GAGGGUGAGGCAGAUAGAAGCAGCAGCAGCACAGAGUUGCAGCAGGUAUGUUAAGUGCUGUAGUCAGGUGAUUUCAAUUUGAGAUGAGAGGAAGAAGUGUAUAAGAAGUGAAUACAGUAUGAAUAACAUUUAAAGUGUUGCAAUGUAAAGCAGAACAAAUACUUAGUUGCUCACAAGACUGAGUGCACUACUAGUAAUAAUACAACCAACAUGAUUUCCCAGCAUUGUUCUAUAUAUUUUUGUGUCAUGCUUUCAUAUCAGAGAUCAGAUGAGCUGGAGGGGCUUCAAGACAGGGAGGGUGAGACAGGAAGAAGCAGUUUAGAGUUGCAGGCAAGUGCUGUAUAAAGGGCCGGGUUAUUUGGUAUUUUCAAUGUCUCAUGUCAGCAACAGGCUAGCAUAUUGUAAUAUUUUAUAGGAGAGACCUGAGGAGACAGACAUAAUGAGAGAAGUGCAGGCAGGCAAGCAGAAAGCAGAACCAAACCAUGCUGACCCAAAGCUCAUUGUAGUGCAGCAGCUUAUCAACAAAACGUUACGAUUCCAAGAAAAGUGGUACCGUGAAUUUCCGUGGCUCCACUGCAGUCCAGGAGUCAAUGGAAUCUUGUGUUUUUUCUGUGCUCAAGCUUUUGGGCAUGGAAGAUCAAAUUUGGCCAAGAUUGCAGAUCCAACCUUUUGCAACACUGGUUUCCGAAACUGGAAAAAGGCAACUCAAAAAUGUGCAGAACAUGUCCAGAGCAAUGCACACAAAGUUGCUGUCACUACCCACUGCCAACAAACUAAACCAGUCGAUGUAAAUGCUAUGAUUUCUUUAAACACAUGUCAGUAUAUUUCUUGCCUUUUACAGACUGCACAGCCUCAGAUAGCUUCAGUGCCUGUCCUCAGUCCCGGAGCAGUGAGUGCCACUGUGUCGGUAAGUCAUUUAAUAUUUCAUUUCAUACUGUGUAGACUAGAGCAUCAGCAGUGUUUGUACCUGUGUUAAGGUUGCUUAUGCUCUGUUGUUUUUUUUUUCAAAGGCUGCUGCCUCCAGGACAGAGACUGACACGGCAUCACCAGUCCAGCUGCCCCGUUUGUGGUCAGAGGGCUUGCCACCUGAAGACCACAAAUGGAUUCUUAAGAGCCUUUUGAAGUUGGGGCCCAAGGGAAAACUAGCGCUUCAAGACCACCUGAAGCUCUGGUACUUUCCACCACAGUACCUGUAUCACUACUAGGCUCCUGCACCAGACCGCUUCUUUGCCCACCCACUUCUUGUCUGGAUGCCUUACAAGCUGUGGAAGGUGAAGGUGGUCUGUCCCAACCUUGGCUGUGGGCAGCACCAACUCACAGGUGCAGGGCUGCACAAGAGGGCCCGUUAGGUCCUGGACGUGGACAGGAUCUACAACAUGGUGACAGGGAUGCACAACAGAUGCUCAUCAGCUGUAUCCAAUCUUUAUGUCACGUCUAUCAAGGUGCAUAUUUGAGUGGGAUGCAGCUGAUUUAGCUCUGUUGCGUGAAGCAAAGAGACAGCAGCUUCAAUCCCAGGGCCUGUCUUUCCUGACGGAUGCAGACGUCAGUAAUCAUCUCACCAAAGAUGAGCUGGCUCUCCACUGCAGGAGGAGGACUCGUGGUGAGGGGACCACCACUCAGCUGCUGGAGGAGCUGCUGCUGAAGCUCAUAGGAAACGAAGGCAAGGACUCUCUAGGAGUGCCCCUGUUUGACAGGGAGAGGAUGGAGCACAUCUUGCGUGUCCAGAGAAAGCACAUCAAGUGCAUCCAGGACACGCCAGGUGUUGCUCUGUACAUCAAAACAGGGGAGCUCACAAAGGGAGGAGUACGUUUGCCUACGUACAGAUGUGCAAGAGGCUCUACAUCAUUAGUCUUUUCACCUACACCUCAACCGCUUCAUACCAGGUUUGUGUCUGUCAAACAUGUUGGUUCAUGUGUUGCAUAGCCCAAAUAUUUCAUAACCUAAUGUUUCAUAAUGUUCUUCUAGGGACCAGUGCCAACAGCGUGAAUUUUCAGAUUUACCUGCUGGAAGGACUGCACAGGUGGAACCAGGGCCGUGGUACUGCUGCCCUGGGUACUGGACCAUCUGCUUUACGCAGCUACUCAGGGGACUUGCUUCACUGCGUGAACAACAACUUUGAGAAGCUUUUUGGAAGGAACAUGGUUCCGGAGUUCUGUCCACCCUCCCGUUACACUGGAGAACUAAUCGGCAUGCAGUAUCUGUUGCAGCCGACUGCUCAGGCACUGCAGGAUAUGCACCCUGAUUCAGAGGAGAUUGCUCAGCUGAUUGAAGAGCAUGAGGACGUCAUGGAGGAAGAUGAGGGCUUCUCUGACAUCAGAGACGACCCCACAGUGCUGGACCUCGGGGUCCUGCAGGCUCCAGCCUCUCAGACUCCCUCUGGCACUUCCACCCUGGCCCCCAGCAGAACCACCCCGACACCUGGCACUUCCAUCCGGGCUCCCAGCACAACCACCGGAGCCCUGAGCAGAACAACACCGACCCCAAGCACAUCUGCACAGGCCUCUGCUGCUGAGAUCCUGCCCUCCAGUUCUUCCUCUGAGGCUAGUGUUGACAUGCAAGCUGAAGAAGAAGAAAUGGCUGUCGAUGACCAGAAUCUUCCGGGGUUCCAGCACGUUGACAGACUGGCUGAGUACCUGGUGGAUCUGCGGGACAAGACCUCUCUCUGCCUGAGUAACCGGCAGGCAGGGGAAAUCAUUGCACUGUGGGACAGCUUGGAGGAGGUGGACAAGCAGCGGGUGGUGUAUGCAGCACGCCACCAGGACAGGCUUUUGAGUGGCCGCUUCAGGACACCGAAGAAGCCCUCAAAGACUCCUGGUGUGGAGAGCACCACCCGCUGCAUGCUGGGGGCAAGUAGUGCUCCUGCUCAGUGGCCUGACUGCUGUCGGUUGGUGGAGAGCAUUUUUAUCAGACUCUGUGAUCUCCACCGAUCCUCAGUCAGGAAAGGCAAGGGGGGCAUUUCCAGGUGGUUCCUUAUUCUUAGGGACUACACUAAGAUUCGGCAGCUGGUUGUUGGCAACUACCUGGUGAUGCAGGGCACCCAGAUUCAGCUGGUGCAAGUGAAUCAAACCACCAUCAUCACCUGGCACAACAGCAGGCAGAAGAAGCAGGAGCUGUCUGUGCUGCUGCAGGGCACUGCUCUGCUUCCAGCCCUCCCUGAGUCUGAUGAGCCUCUUCAAGCGGCCCGUGUCCUCCCUGCUGUACCCACGCCAGCACAGCACGAGCACCAGUACCGGCUCCUGGAGAGUACAGCUGGUCAGGCUCCACAGAGACAGAAGGCCUCUUCUCUUCCACUUCUCAUCCUGCCAAAGGGAAGAGCAAAGAGGUCUCUCUCCAUCACACCUCCAGCACCAGCACCUGCUCUCCAACCUCAGGUCAGCUUUGUCACAGCAACUGGACACAUUUUCUGUUAUGUACCAGUUGCCUUUCCGGCUGCAAUUCAGGGCACCACACCACCAACCAUUAUUCCUGUCGCCACACUCGGAGCUGGGGCCACACCAAAGCGGAUAUACAGGCGGACUGUAGGGGCAAACACCUGCAAAAAGUGUGGCCAGUUCCGCACUGCUGAAACUGGACACAGCCAGUACCGCGGGAGUGUUUUGUCCGCAGACAGAAACACUAUCGAAAGAACUUUGGUUGGAGGAAAUGAGGAAAAUAUUUGGCAAAUAAUAAUGGACCAGUGCCAACAGCGUCAACUUUCAGAUUUACCUGCUGGAAGGACUGCACAGGUGGAACCAGGGCCGUGGUACUGCUGCCCUGGGUACUGGACCAUCUGCUUUACGCAGCUACUCAGGGGACUUGCUUCACUGCGUGAACAAGAACUUUGAGAAGCUUUUUGGAAGGAACAUGGUUCCGGAGUUCUGUCCACCCUCCCGUUACACUGGUAAGCCUUUUUGGACACGUUUGUAAUUAAUAAACGUUUAAAAAAUAUUUUAAAAUAUAUUUAUAUCAUUUUCUUCCAUUUAGUAAAUAAUCUACUUUUCCUCUAUCGUUUCAGGAGAACUAAUCAGCAUGCAGUAUCUGUUGCAACAGACUGCUCAGGCACUGCAGGAUAUGCACCCUGAUU